AUGACAUCUGUCAAAGAGCAGGAAACCAUUCUGGAAACCAAGAAAACCAUGGUUUUCUUGCAGGAACAGGAUAGUGUCCACAAAGUUGCUCAAAGUUGCAUCCUGAACAGCUUCAUUAAAAGCAAGGCAGAACCAGAGCUGGAGCUGGACUCCCAGGGAGCCAGCUGGUUUCUGGCUCACCUAACAGUGUGGCUCAAGAUGAAGCAUCUAGACAGGAUCCAGCUCAGACCUCUACCCACUGCAGAAGACGGGCUCCAAGGCAAAUCCUUGUUCCCCUUAUUCUUGCAGCCUUGCAGCCACAGAUACCUUACUGAAUUUCUGGAGAUCAGAGGCGUCUUGAUUCCUCUGCAAAUACUGAAGCUGAGCCACCUGAAAGAAGAGGACAAAAGAGAGUCUUUAACGCUGCUGUUGCUCACUGGAGACACUGGUGGGGAGUAUAAGGAGCUCAUUUAUGAAAGCUGUGGUACACAGCACGUCCAUUUGUGCUUUGUCCUGAUUCAGGAGAGGGUGUUCUCCCCGACCUCUAGCCCCUGGGGCUGCUUGCUGCACACAAGUUGGCAUCUCUUUCUCUGCACAAAGGUGAAAGCCCUGACCAAGUUCUUAAAUGCCUCCAACUAAGCAAAAGGUCAAAAAGACGCAGAGGUUCUGCUGGACUCUUUGGGCCACAGCAAUCCCAAGUACCAGAGCCAAGAUUCCCAAGGCCUCGAAGCCGUGCUCCAGCACAGGGCCCUGCAGACACUCGGGGUCAUGCCUGUGAGGAGUGGGCCUUGCUGGGGGCAACGGGCAGUGUUACCACCUGUGUCCAUCCCUACUCAGGGAGGAGCUGUGCCUGUCUUCUUGGCACUGUGGCUGCACUGGGUAGCCCUACUGCCUGGAAGGGAACAUCCUGGAAAACUGAUGGGAGAUGUGCCCGGUGUGCUCAUGGAGCCCAUGCUGGGUGUGCUGUGCUCAGUACAGCUGGAGGUCCAGUACAAAAGUAGGAUCUGUCGACCCAGCCGGGGGCGAAGGGCAAGCACAGGAGUCCCGGUCGAGCGCUCCCGGGGCCCCGACCCUGCCCGGCUGCGACCGACACGGAGCCGGGAGGGCGCGGGCGCCUUAGGAGCGCUCAGCCUAAUUUGCAUACCCAGGGUGCACCGCGCGGCGGUGCCGCCGGUACUCGGCAAAGUUCGGGCCGCCGCUCCCCGGGCCGCUGGUUCCGAGCACGGCCGGGCUCUGGCCGCUGCCGGGGCAACGGGACGGGGCAGCAGGGGGUCGAGCAGGGGGGGCAACCCGCGUCGCUGUAUCCUCGGGAGGGACAGCCCUGGAUCGGUAGCUGCCGAGAACGGCUCUUAG